AUGAUUCCAGGAAUCGCCCCCAAGACGGCGGCGGCAGUGCCGGUGGCCUGGGCACCUCAGCCUCGGCACAUGUUCGUGUUCGGCGCGGGCUUCGUCGGCCACUACGUCUCGCAGCGCCUCCUCGCGCAGGGCUGGCAGGUCUCCGGGACGUGCACCAGUGUCACCAAGAAGAGGGAGCUCGAGAUGCUGGGCAUGAAUGCUUCCGUUUUCGAUGCUACAGAGAGCAGUGAAAUGAGGAAGGAAAUUGAAAGGUGCAAGAAUCGUGGAAAGGUCCAAGUCAAGAAUUUGCUUUGCCUAUUGCUCCUUCCUCAAGCAACAUCUUGUGACAACAACAAGAGGAACAAGAGGGGCCUGUUUCGCAUUGGAAAAAAGCUUGGGCAUUGGAAGACCGUAAGCACUUGGAUGCUUAGUAGAGCAAUUUAUUACGGAGGGGUAUCUUUCAAUUUUUCGAGAAAUCCAUAUCUUCGAGAAGCCUUUACCUUUGCUUGCGCACCGCAAUAUGCAAGGUUAUGUGAUUCCGGUUACAACAGAGUUAGGGAGGGACUUCAAGCAAGAAAGGAGGCACAUAGAGACUUUGUUGGAGAGCACAAGGAGCACAUGGGAAGAGAGAAGGAGUCACAAUCUGCCUCGAUGGUUGGUCGAUCCUCGAGGCGACCAAUCAUCAAUUUUGUUGUUGUUUUUGACAAGGCACCUAUGUUCUUGAGGGCUGAUAAUUGUGAAGGUCAGUACAAAUCAAAAGAAUACAUUGCUGAGAAGUUGAGGGGUAUAAUUGAAGAACGGUUUGUUGAGGUAAAAACAGCCCUCCAACAAAUGGUGAUUAGUGACAAAUGGAGUGUGUACAGAGAAGUCAGAGAUGAUUCUCCAACUCCAACAGCUCAAAUUAUCAAGGACUUGAUACUUAGUGAUGUAUGGUGGGACAAAGUGGACUACAUUCUUAGGAUUACUACUCCUAUAUAUGAAAUGAUUCGUAUGACAGACACUGACACACCAUGCCUUCACUUAGUUUAUGAGAUAUAUUAUAGCAAAAAGUGGCUUGACGAAGGUGUUGGCCGUGAACCACCCCACAAGGAUAAAGAGGUAUCGAAAAUGAGGAUGGUUUGCUUUAAGAAGUUCUUUCCCAUGCCAGAAGAAUUGGCUAAAGUAAAAGAAGAGUACUCAAGAAACUGGAGCACCUAUAGCUUUGUCCAUAGUGUCAAGAGAAAUGCCUUAACUCCAGAGCGUGCUGAAGAUUUGGUCUUUGUGCACUCAAAUCUGAGGCAUCUGUCCAGAAGAACUGAUGCAUACAAGACAGGAGAGACAAGGAUGUGGGAUGUAGGAGGGGGUUCUUUUGAUUCACUUGGUGGUAUUGGCAUUCUUGAAGUGGCUGACCUGUCCCUUGAUGAACCUGAAUUGCAAGCUGUGUCUUUUGGUUUGGAUGAUCUGUAG